UCACUGUCCCAGGCUGACCUUUGUCCAGCUGUUCCCUCUCCAUUCUGCUUUCCUGCCCCUUGAAAUCUUCGCUCCAAUCGAGGUCCAGCACAGCUGCGAGCUGUCUUCCUGCACACGGAGCACGAGCGGAGGAAGUCGAAGACGGUCACACAAGCCGACAUGAAGGUGGAAUUACUCCCAGCCCUCACAGACAACUACAUGUACCUCCUCAUCGAUGAGGAAACGAAGGAGGCUGCAAUAGUUGAUCCUGUGCAGCCCCAGAAGGUUUUGGAUGCAGUCAAAAAGCACGGCGUGAAGCUGACCACCGUCCUGACCACACAUCAUCACUGGGACCACGCUGGAGGAAAUGAGAAGCUCGUAAAGAUGGAGACAGGGUUGCGUGUGUAUGGGGGAGACAGCAGAGUUGGAGCACUGACACAGAAAGUGUCUCACCUUACAUCACUCAAGGUGGGAUCUCUUAAUGUGAAAUGCCUCUGUACGCCGUGUCACACUUCUGGACACAUCUGUUAUUAUGUGACUAAGCCAAAUAGCUCCGAGCCACCUGCUGUUUUUACAGGUGACACGCUGUUUGUGGCCGGUUGUGGGAAAUUCUUCGAGGGAACCCCGGAGGAAAUGUACAGAGCGCUGAUUGAGGUUUUGGGCAGCUUGGACCCCAAAACGAGAGUUUACUGCGGUCACGAAUACACGAUCAACAAUCUCAAGUUUGCUCGACACGUUGAACCCAAUAAUGUCACUGUCCAGGAAAAGCUUGCUUGGGCCAAGGCAAAGUAUGACAGUGGUGAGCCGACCAUACCCUCCACCAUCGCAGAAGAGUUUACGUACAACCCCUUCAUGCGAGUGAGGGAGAAGACAGUUCAGCAGCACGCUGGAGAGACCGACCCCAUCCGAACAAUGGGGGCCAUCAGGAAAGAGAAGGAUAACUUCCGAGUCCCGAAGGACUGAGCACUCUGCCUGGAUCACUUUAAUGUCAGUUUAAGUGUAAUUUAGACCAUCCAGAUGUUUUAGGAGUUGAACCUUCUGUUGUGGUUGAGACAGUCAUAUUUAGGUUUUUGUUUUGUUUUAAUUAAGGAAAAAAAAGCACUUUGCCCUUGUUUAGAUGUUCUACAGCAUAUUUAUAUUAUGAUGAAGAAUAUUUAUCCUUCUAUUGCUGGCUCUCAAACUGUCACGUGUGUCACAUGCAGAUCAUUUUACAAGUGUUGGGUCAUGGCUCAGAGUCUGGGGUGGGGAAGGGUCAAACCUUGAGGUCUAGGAAAAAGCUCUUGUUAUUUUUGUAGGAGCCUGGUGUGAAUGCAGACAGUGGGACUGGGGCCCGAGAUGUCUUCAUUUAAAACAGAGACAAAAUGCAGUAACUACAUUGCCAGCUGAAGAUUGGAACUUUUCUUCCAUGCUGCUACUUAAACAAACACUUCUGAGUCUGUCGCUUCGGGCUCCACUAAAACCAGUUCUCGGUGACAGACCUGAUCUGCCACCGCCCCUUCAGGGCUUAGUUUGGCUCUGGGCCUGGCUCUGGGAGUGGCACACGGGGACUGUCCAGCUUUUCUCUUCUCUUCUCCUCUCUGACGUUCCCUGUCGUGGGCUGCAGUAACUUUUCCAGGCAGCAUGCUGGCUUAGAGAUUGCACUGUUGCUUAUACCCUUUCACUCUUAACUUAAGCCUGUUCGCAUGUACCUGCUUACUGCUCUUACGUGUGAUCUGUAUGUGACCUGUAUUAGUACCACUCAAACGAAGAAGGGAUUUGUCUGCUGGUUCAAAAUCCUGAGAAGAAACUUACCUAGUGACUAACUGCGUGUCUAACAGCUGAGCAGCGAUGAGGCUCCUCCAACAGAUGCCUUGGUGCCCAUAGCCAGAACAGCUGCUUUGUACCUUGCUGUGAGUAACGUGGCAAACGAGCAUUUAUUAGCUGGCUGCUGUUCCCCAGCGAGAGAGCAGCCGUGCUGGUGAGCGCUGGCAGUAGCCGUGCUGGGCCUGGGAGGCUCCAGCUUACGGGCCUGAGGUACAGCAGAUGCUGUGCACUGGCGGGGUCGAUCACCCAGCCUGCAGCCUCUGCCUGGUCCCCCCUCUCUGCUAGAAAGGCCACCGAGGUGAUGUUAUAAAUGAGGUGAGGGUGUCCACAUAUCGCCAGAUUAAACAGGGCUCAGAUCUCCGACCCCCUGAGAAACCACGUUAGCGUGGCACGUUUCUUUUCCUUGGUUGGUCCAUGGGGCUUAAAAGCCGCCUCUGUUCCUGGGCUAGCGUUGUAUGACCCCAGCCUGCAGCCAGCUUGAAAACUGCGGAGAGGGAACUUCCCCUCACGCUGUUUUUCUGACAGGGAAUAGCGUGUCGAACUUUGGGGGAAAAUGAAUCUAGAUUUUCAGUGAGCGGGUCACCCCCUCCUGCGCUUUCCAUCCUCCAGCUCGGUGUCUUUAAACAAGAGAUGCGAGUGAAGGGUGGCAGGACCCAGCCUUGUGGGCUUGGCAUCUGCGUCUUUAAUGCAUUUUCCUCCUAAUUGUAUUUUCUUCCUUGUUUCUUGGUCUCGGCUGCAUACUGCAGAUCUGCUCAAGUACAAGAGAUUUUCAAACAAAUGUUUUGCAGCUGAAACUAACAAAAGAUUCAAACGAUUUUGGUUCCAGUUUCUCCCCCUCUCCCCAGUUCAUGUUGGUAAGUAAUGCCACGAUGGAGUCUGUAACCGCCUGAGCGUCACUGGUGUAACUUUGGUCUGCUGUUCCAACCAACGCGCUGAAUGGCAGCGUGUGAGCGGGAUUCGGGGUAGCACCAUUUCUUUAUUUGCUUUCAAAAGGUAAAUUUUACGUAGUUCGGAAAGAAAAGUGGUACCUAAAACUUCACCGCCUCCUUAACUUGAAUGCUGUGCUGCUACAACGGAGCAUGACUGUACUGGUGGCUGUUUGACAAAUGAGCAAAUAAAGAGCAGCUGUAAACCGAG